AUGAUGAAAUUCGCUUGGGAUAACUACAAACAAUAUGCACUUGGAAAAAAUGAACUGCGACCGCUGACUAAGAACGGCCACAUCGGUAACAUGUUUGGAGGCCUUCGAGGAGCUACGGUGAUAGACGCCUUAGAUACUCUGUACAUCAUGGAACUCGAGGAGGAAUUCCAAGAAGCAAAGAAGUGGGUGGAGAAGAGCUUCGACUUGAACGUGAACGGAGAAGCAUCCUUGUUUGAGGUGAACAUCCGCUACAUUGGAGGACUGUUGGCCGCGUACUACUUAACCGGAGAAGAGGUGUUCAAGAGUAAAGCUCUGGAACUUGGAGAGAAACUUUUGCCAGCUUUUAACACCCCCACUGGUAUCCCACGUGGCGUCAUAAAUCUGGGCAGCGGCAUGAGUUGGAGUUGGGGUUGGGCAUCUGCCGGAAGCAGCAUCUUAGCAGAAUUUGGUACCUUGCAUUUGGAAUUCCUGCACCUCUCGGAGCUCUCUGGCAACCCAGUGUUUGCAGAAAAGGUGAUGAACAUCCGCAAAGUCCUGAACAGAGUUGAGAAGCCCCAGGGCCUUUAUCCCAACUUUCUCAGCCCGGUGACAGGCAACUGGGUGCAGCACCAUGUCUCCAUUGGGGGGCUCGGGGACAGCUUUUAUGAGUAUCUCAUCAAGUCUUGGCUGAUGUCAGACAAGAAAGACUCUGAAGCUAAAAAGAUGUACGACGAUGCACUAGAGGCAAUAGAAAAGCAUUUAGUCAAAAAGUCUGCUGGAGGAUUGACCUACAUUGCUGAAUGGAGGGGUGGCAUCUUGGAUCACAAAAUGGGCCACUUGGCUUGUUUCUCCGGGGGCAUGAUAGCACUUGGAGCCGAACACGCUGGCGAGGAGAGGAAACAGCAUUACAUGGACCUGGCUGCAGAAAUAACCAACACCUGUCACGAGUCUUACGCACGCUCAGAUACCAAACUGGGCCCCGAAGCCUUUCGCUUUGAUGCUGGAAGUGAAGCCAUGGCAACCAGACUCAGCGAGCGCUACUACAUCCUACGCCCAGAAGUGGUGGAGAGCUACAUGUACAUGUGGAGGCUGACACACCAUCCCAAGUACAGGCAGUGGGGCUGGGAGGUUGUGCAGGCCCUGGAAAAAUAUUGUAGAGUAGAAGCUGGUUUUUCUGGCAUCCGAGAUGUUUACACCACAACCCCAACCCACGACAACAUGCAACAGAGUUUUUUCCUCGCAGAGACUCUGAAGUACCUCUAUCUUCUGUUCUGUGAAGAUGACGUGCUCUCUCUGGACGACUGGGUGUUCAACACCGAGGCUCACCCCCUGCCAGUCAACCACACGAACUUUAAAGCCAGUGUGCAGUAGGGAGGCUGCUGCCCAGCGCCCUGCGGCGGCAGCGGCGGCGGGUUCCUGCAUUUGGUUUCCAUUAAAGGAAUUCGAGUUGUUCCUAAAAUGGUAUUUUGGGGCACUAGUCCAAUUCCGGACAGUAUUAUAUUGGGGAGAUGAAACCGUGACAUAAGCACCUUCUUUUCCUCUGUGAGGAGCUUUAUUAGCCUGAUAAUGAGAUGUUUAUUCUGGGCCAUAUUGUACACAGUUCAUAGACAUUCCUUUAUACAGAGAAUUUAUAUGAAAUCCACUGACUUUGCUUUAUAGUGGCCAAAGGACUGGAAGUUUGCCAUAAAAUAGACUUCACACACAUAAACAACACACAUCCUCCUUUCAUUUUUUCUGUUUCAUUUUUGCCUUUUAUAUACUCUUGGAUUUAUCACCUUUCUUAAUUAACAGUUUUCAAUAUGCUGUGCUUUCUAGGUGGUAGGCUUUCUAGGCUCUUUAGGAAGGACGGGCUAGGAGAAGGAGGAAGGGGAGUUGCCCUUCAUCUGAGAGAACAGCUGGAGAUGGCUGAGGAGCUAAGAGCUUAUGGGUUAGGACUAAAGAGGGGACAGGUAAAGGUGACAUUACAGAGGGUGUCUGCUACAGGCCACCUGACUAAGAAGAACAAGAGGAUCAGGCCAUCUACAGACAGGUAGGAACAGCCCCAGGUUUGAAUUUGCUGGCCCCGGUCCUCAUGGGGGACUUCAGCCACCCUGAUACCUGCUGGAGGGACAACACAGCAGGAUAUAAGCAAUCCAUGAGGUUCCUUGGGUGGACUGAUGAUAAAUUCCUCCUCAAACUGACAGAGGAGCCAACAAAGAAAGGUGCUCUACUGCCUUGUAGUCACCAAGAAGGGUCUCACUGGGGAUGUGAAGAUCAAAGGCAGCUUUGGCUGCAGUGACCGUGAGAUUGUGGAGUUCAGGGUCCUGAGGGCAGGAAGGAGGCUGUAAAAGCAAGCUCAGAACCCUGGACUUCAAGAGAGCAGACUUUGGGCUCUUCAAAGAUCUACUUGGAUCUUGGAGAAGUCCUGUGGGAUACAACCCUGGAGGGAAGAGGGCCCUGAGAAGGUCAGUUAAUACUCAAGAGUCUUGUCAUCCAAGCUGAAGAAGUUCCAUUCCAAUGAGCAGGAGGUCAAGCAAAAAUACCAGGAGGCCUGUGUGGCUGAGCAGAGAACUCCUAGCCAAGCUCAAACACAAAAAGGAAGGAUAGAGAGGGUGGAAGCAGGAAUGGGUGACCUGGGAGGACUACAGAAACAUUGUCUGAGUGUCCAGGGCUGACGUUAGGAAAGCUAAAACCCAAAUGGAAUUGAAUUCAGCCAGGAAUGUCAAAGACAGAAGAGCUUUUAGAAUAACAUAGGCAAAAAAAA